AUGGAGAUCCGGUGGUUUAAGGAGACAGACUGUGUUUGUGUCUAUAAGAACAGACAGGUGACAGAGGGGAGACGUUACGAGGGCAGAGUGAGUCUGUUCACUCAGGAGCUGGAGAGAGGAAACGUCUCCUUACAGCUGAGAGACUGUACAGAGUCAGAUGAUGGACAUUACCUGUGUCAGGUCACUGAUGGAGACAGAACAGAGGAGAUUACAGUAGAGAUGUGGGAUCCUCAAGAAAAAGACGUCUGGGUUAUUCAGAGUAACAAAAAAUGGACAGAAGAUGAGAGAAUGAAAAUGAAGAUCUCGGCUCUACAGACUGACCCGAAGGAAGCAUUAAAAUCACUGGAACAUAAAGACCAACAGCUGGAGGAUUAUAAAAGACAAAUAGAGAAUAAAGAUACAGAACUGAGAAACAGAGAGAAAAUCAUCGAGGAGAAAGACGCACAACUCAAAGAUACAAAUACAACACUAGAGAAGACGAGUAAAGAGCUAGAGGAGAGAGACAGAGCUCUACAUGAGAGAGAUCAACAACUGAAACUGAAAGACACACAGAUACAGGAGACACAAAUACAAGUGGAGGAAAAGGACAACAGACUUGUGGAGAAGGAGAAAGAAUUAAAUGAGAAAAACGAAGAGCUGAAGAUUCUAAAAGAACGUUUAGAGACUAAUGAGAAGACUCUUUCUGAGAGAGACGAAGUGUUAAUGGAAACUAAUAAUAAACUUCAACAUGCUACUGAACAAGUUAAAGAGAAAAUCUCACAACUGGAGAAUAUGAACAAACUGCUGAGUGAGAAAGAAACACAGCUAAAGAACACAGAUAAAGAGCUGGAAACCAGUAAAAACAAACUGGAGACACUGGGACAGGAGUUGCAGGAUGAGAAGAGACAACUAGAGGAGAUGAUGAUCGUACUGGAGCAACAGAAAACUGAGUUAACAGAAAAAAACAAACAGCUUAGAGAGAGAGAGAGACUUCUAACUGAGAGAGAGAGACAGCUAAUGGAGAGAGACAAACAGCUUCAGGAGAAAGACAAAUGCCUAACAGAAAAUCAACAAAUGCUUCAGAUGAAGGACAAGACACUGGAAGAGAAGGACACACUGCUCAGAGAGGUAAGAGAAAAAUUAGAUAGAACAAAUCACAUGUUAAAAGAAAAUCAGUCUCAGUUGAAAGAGAAAGAAAGACAACUGGAGAGUGUAAUGAAAGAGCUGGACACCAGUAAAACCAAACUGAAGGAGGGAGACAAAAAGCUGCAGGAGAAAGAGAAACUUUUAAAUGAGAGAACUGAUGCACUUAACAUGAAGAAUAAAACACUGGAAGAGAAGGACACACUGCUCAGAGAGGUGAAAGAUGAACUGGGUAAAACAAAGAGGACAUUAGAGGAGAAUCAGACACAGCUGAAAGACAAAAAGAGACAACUGGAGAGUGUAAAGAAUGAACUGGAAUCCAGUAAAAACAAACUAACUGAACGAGACAAACAGCUUCAGGAGAAAGAGAGACUUCUAGAGGAGAAAACAAAGCAGCUGCAGGAACAGACAGAUCCAGAAUCAUCAGCCCCCAUCAGGAGAAGAAACAGCAAGGGAGGGUUACAUCCAAAUAUGAGUGGAGAGACUCAGGACUCAGCAGCACCAAUCAGGAGAAGAAACAGUACGGAUGGACAUCGUCCUACAUUGGGUGGAGAGUCGUCUAGUCCACAUUCUCCAGUGUCGGUUCCUGUAGCAGAACUGAGGCUGGUGCUGCUGGGGAGGACGGGGUCUGGGAAGAGUGCAGCAGGAAACACCAUCCUGAGCAGAGAGGAGAGGAACCAGGCUGCUACAUCUACAGCUACAUCUACAUCCACCCAGCAGAGUGAGAGCACACAGGGGGAGGUGGCUGGGAGGAAGGUGACUGUGGUGGACACUCCUGACUGGUUCUCUCCUGGACUCCCUCUAGAGAAGCUGAGACAUGACGUGGGACUCUGUGUCCAUUUGUCUGCUCCAGGACCCCACGCCUUCCUCCUGGUCAUACCUGUAAAGCAGUCUACAGGGGAGGAGAGAGGGAUGCUGGAGAAAAUGGAAGAUAUUUUUGGAGAGAGAUGUUGGAGAAACACCAUGAUCAUAUUCAAUGUCACUGAUGAACUUCAGAAGAAGAACAUUGAGGAGUUUAUUCAAUCAGGAGACCAGGAGGUCCAGAGACUGGUGGAGAAAUGUGGGAACAGGUUUCACUGUCUCAACAUUAAGCAGAGUGGCGAUGGUUCUCAGGUCUCAGAGCUGCUGGAGAAGAUAGAGAAAAUGGUGGAAGGAAGCAGAGAGAAAUUCUACAGCAGUGAGAUCUACCUGGAGACAGAAGCUCAGAUUAGAGUGUUGGAGACUAAGAUCCUGAGGGAAAGAGAAGAGAAAAGAAUGAGGGAGGAAAUUGAAGUGAAGGAAAAAAUAGAUAAGGAGGUGCAGGACUCUCUGAGAAAAAUGGAAGGAAUAAUCCAGGAGCAUGAAGGAGACAUCAGACAACUGAAUGACCGAACAACUGAACUGGAGAGAAAGAUGAAAGAAGAGAGAGAUGAAGAGAAAAAGAAAGAACUUAAGAGGGAGCUGAAACAAGAGGUAGACCGAAGGGCAGAAAUGGAAGAAAAGGUGAAGAAACUUAAAGAAAAGAGAGAGAGGGAGAGGAGAGAGAUGGAGGAGAGGCACCAACAGGAGAUGGAGGAGAUCAGGGAGGUGUAUGAGGGAGAGGUCAGGAUGGACCUCAUAAAGAUCAUCCUGCCUGAACUCCAGAGAAACAUUUUGGCCUCUAAAACAAAGAUGCAAGAAGAGUUCAACAGACAGAUGGAGGAGAAGAACAGAGAGCUGGAGACUCUUGAACAGAAACUUUCAGAUCUCACAGAGACUCAGAGUCUACGUAAAGAAGUUUAUGGGAAAGCUGUGAGCAGCUCAGAGUCAGAGAGCGCAGCUGUAACAGGAGAAGUGUCGAAGGGAAUCUUUCAGACAUUGACUGACUAUUUUGUCACUGGAUAACAGAGUUUAUAAAGCCACAGACACUUAAACAGUCUGAAAUAAA